AUGGCUGCUGAUACAGUUUUUCAUAUUUACAGAAAUUUAGGAGACUAUUUGUCUUGGAGUAUUACACCAUCUUCCUUGUUCAAUACCAAGAACAAAGCAUCACUGCUGCCUCAUCGUAGUUGCUGGGAAGACCUCCCGGACGGCAUAGUCGAGAAUAUCUUCCAGCGUUUAUCAACAUUCAAUCGCAUUCGAAUGAGUGCUGUUAGCAAGUCUUGUCUUCGACAGAUGAAGGAUAUCCGUCCUGCUCCUCAACUUCCAUGGUUAUUGAUGAAUGACUGGAAAUUCUUCGACUUGUACGAUGGCAGAGUUGGUGACCUCAAAGUGGACAAAAGGUUCAAACAAGGUUGGUUCAUUGGAUCUUCAAGAGGCUGGUUGAUUUUUGCACAGAAAAGUUUUACUUAUCUCCCAUGGAAUCACAUCUACAAAGCCAAGCAAUAUAUGAAGGAAAAUUGGCCAUCUUUUUAUUCUUAUUCUUCUCAUAUAAUUUCAAAGAUCAAAGAACCAACAGUAGAAGCCGAAUUCUUUCUCUUGAAUCCGAUUUCAAAAGCCUUGCACCAGCUACCUUGCUUGACAGCAAUCCCAGUUUACAAACACCAAAGACAUCACUACUUAUGCCAAUGCAAUCGCGAAUGUUCUUUUAAGCAAAUUGCCAUCUCUUCUUCCGACAUAUCACAACUUAUUGUUGCUGCUGUUAUCAAUCCCGACAAUACUGAGGAUUCUAUACCAAGAUUGGUAGUCUGUAGACCAGGCAGAGACAAGCAAUGGACGAUCUUCAGCGACAACGGGGACCAGGUCAACAUUGGAAACAUCUAUUUUUAUAGAGGAACAUUGUUAGUGUUAUGUUGCUGCAGGCAAGGGCAUGUUAACAAGGAUUACACUGUUGUCUUAGGAGAAGGUGAAGCUGUGAGAAUAAAGAUCGUUUGCAUUGGCAGAGCAGCAUCCAGCACUUUAAAAAUUCCUAAUCGAGUUAGUACUGCCAUGGAAGAGGGCCAAGAGGCACUGUAUAUUGGAGUUCCAUACGCAGUUGAGUCAACACAAGGAGAAUUGUUAUCCGUCAUCAAAACCACCGGAGUUUUUAUGAUCAAAAGUUCUGUCUUUGAAUUUUUCCGGACAUGUAGUUUUAAUGUGUUCAAGAUAGAUCCAGAUACCGGAGAUUCUCAGAAGAUGCAUGAUAUAGGUGAUCAAGUGAUAUUUUUGGGCGGUAGCAGUUGUCAAACAUUUUCAGCUAGAGAUCUUCAGCUUGAAGGCAUUCGGGGAAACUGUAUCUACUUUGUAGAAGACUAUUUGAAGUGUCGUGAAUCGGGAAUUUACUACUUAGAUGAUGGCAAGUUCGAACGCUCUUUACCUGUAGCAGACUUUCCAUCGGGGAUGUUUUUAGCUUGGUUCAUGCCAAAUCUGUAA